AUGCAUACAUACUUUGAACAACCGAAUAAAGGAAGCAGACCGAGCUUGACGCGCGGCAGUACGCGACGUCAACAAUAUUGUCAAAGAAGGGAUGCAGGCCGGGCCGGUGGUGGCCGGGCGGCCGCGCCGGACUCUCGGGCUCAGUGUCGCUCUGAUCGCGGCGCGCGUUGGUCGUGCGUCGAGCGCGCGUGGAGUGAUGUCUGCGAGAUGAGGCUGUCGCUGGUGCUACUGUGGCUGGGCGCGGCGGCGGCGUGCGGGCCGGGCCGCGGCUUCACCCGCCGCCACGGGCCGCGCCGCAUCACGCCCCUUGUCUUCAACCAGCACGACCCCAACAUCGGCGAGAACUCCAAGUCCGCCAGCGGGCCCCCCGAGGGCCGCAUCACCAGGGACGACGAGAAGUUCAGAGACUUGGUGCCUAACUACAACCCUGACAUCGACUUCAGGGAUGACGAGGGCACGGGCGCCGACCGUCUCAUGACACAACGUUGCAAGGAGAAGUUGAACACGCUGGCUAUUAGUGUGAUGAACCAGUGGCCGGGCGUACGGCUGCGGGUGAUCGAGGGCUGGGAUGAAGAGAACUCGCAUCAGGAGCACUCGCUGCACUACGAGGGUCGCGCCGUCGACCUCACCACCAGUGACCGUGACAGCAGCAAGUACGGCAUGCUGGCGCGACUCGCUGUCGAGGCCGGUUUCGACUGGGUCUACUAUGAGAGCCGCUCCUAUAUACACUGUUCUGUAAAAACAGAGUCAUCAGUGGGAACAGGCGCUGGGUGCUUUCCCUCAGGCGCGGUGGUGUACACGGAGAGCGGGCCACGAGACAUCGACUCUCUGAGGAAAGGAGACCGCGUGCUUGCCGCCGCAGAUGACGGCAAGAUGAUAUAUUCAGAGGUGUUGACGUUCAUGGAUCGAGAUCCAAACGCAACGAGGCAGUUCAUGGAAAUAAUUGCGGAGAAUGGUGGGACCAUCACAACAACGCCGUCGCAUCUGUUGCUGUUAGCCGCCGCAGACGGCUGGCGAGAGUCAUUCGCUGUAAACAUCAAGCUGGGCGACGUUCUGCUGACGAGAGGAACUGGGAGCGUGAUGCGGCCGUCAAAGGUCGUUCAUACGAGAAUGGUGAAGAGACGUGGAGUGUUCGCGCCUCUCACUAAAGCCGGGACUAUCAUAGUUGACGAUGCUUUGGCGUCGUGUUAUGCGCUCGUCCGCAGUCAUUCGCUCGCACACGCUGCGAUGGCGCCUCUGCGAUGGAUGGCAAGUUGGAGCAAAACCGAAGAGAUGCCGCGCGGCGUACACUGGUACGCCAACGCUUUGUACUCCUUCGGCGAUUACGUCUUACCUUCGAAGUAUAAAUAUCUUUAGUGACGUGGAAGUUCGGCGACCGUUCAAAAACAAUAUAUCGCGCGCGGGACGUGCCUUUGACGGAUUAUGUAAAUAGUAUCCAAGUGUAAAUACGACGCGAACUGAAUGUGUAAAUAGGCUCUCAAUAAUGCAAUUAUUAGUCUACUGCAUAGGACGCCUCGACUAUGUUUAUCGUAUUAACCCAUUGAAAUUGUAUUUAUGACGUAGAAUAAGAGACAUAUUUUUGCGGAUCGGAGUUGACGUUCGAAUAUUUGUAAAUUGUGUCGGUGUUGUUAUUCUGCACAAUGCAGAAAUACUUAAUGUAUGCGCUUAUGUUUUGUUUAUAAGUAUAGUUGUAUGAUAGUAUUUAAUAUUGUUUAUCUCACUUAAGUGGCUCUAAUUAACUUUUAUUUCUAUCUUGACACUAAAGUUUACUCGUGUUCGUGUUCUACGAUUGUAACUAGACAUUCCAUGCCUCUAAUCUUUUAUGUACUAACAUUCUACAUGUGUAAAAUAUAAUGAAAUUGUGAUCUUGGUACCUAAUACAGUGCCUUAAGAUUUUAUUUAUUGUUAUUGUAGGCUAGUUUUCUAUUUAAAAAGUGACGAUGGAAAGAUUGCUUCGAUGUAACAUAUAUUUAACUUAUUCUGCUUUAUUUUCUACUACCUAUUUUUGAUCACAUUUUUAUUUAUUACUUCUUUGCUAUUACUAUAAGAUUUUCAUUUAUUUAUUCGUAUCUACUUAGUUCGAAAUGCAUUCGAAGAAAUUUUCGUUAUCUUGAAAUUACGAAUACUUUCAAAGAGUAUUUCGUUUCGAAAUUGUAAAUUAAAAAUAUAUUACGUGUAAAUGUAUUUUUGUAAGUGACAUAAGUGCCAAUAAUUAUAAGGUGUAACAAUUUAUUGAAAGAAUAGCAUAAACUAUACAUAAUAUUCUAGAUAAUUAACCAGUUUUACAUAGUUUUUAUUUCGUCUGAUCAUGUUCAAACUAAUAGAUGUUUUGUAAAGUAUUAACAGAAUACUGUAUUACCUUGCCCGUAAUUUGUGGCCAUAAUUAUUGAAAAAAAACUUAACAGACAUAUAUUUUCUCCGCAUAAAAUAUUAAGGCACCCAAUGAUCGUCGAAAUGAUCGUGAACUGAAGAUAGGGUUCCUAUAAUAUGAAUUUAAUACAAAACUGUUGGUUUAAUUGAACAGUAUUGUGUAGAAAAAUAUUUAUUUUAAGAAUAAUAUCUAUUGUGUCGUCAAAUAUGACUUAAACUACAGAACAUUUGCCUGUUAUAUUCGUAAGCUUGAAAUUAACAUUUUUGUAACUUAUUGUAAUAGAAAAAUAUUAGUUAUAUACCUAUUAACAGUUUAAAUUCCGUCUACAAAAAGUUUAUAUUACUAUUCAUGUUUACUAUACAUAUACAUAAGGGAUCUAUGUAUUUAUAUGCGGUAUG